UAGGUAGGCGGAAGGUGACGCCUUUGUCCGCAGGUGAUCAACAGUAGAAAGAGAAGGCAACGAACCACCUCAAGAGGACUGUCAGAAAACUGUCAGAAAUGACUUUUAUACAAAGUUAACACUAAUAUGAUCUAAGGGAAAUAGAAUCCAACAUGGUAAAUUCAGGAGUAUGCUGUGCCAGCCUCAAGGACAACAAAGCCCUGAUGAAGAUGGGGCUGGGGCUGGUGCUGGUGGGACAUGUCAACUUUCUUCUGGGAGCACUGGUGCACGGCGCCGUGCUCAGGCACAUCAAUGUGGACUCUCAGGCCCGCACCAUGGUGUACGCCAUCUCUAAUGUCAUUGCCAUUGUGACAGGCUUGGUGGGAAUUAUUUGUGGAAUAGCAGCCAUUGUCCUGUCCAAAAACAAGAAAAACAGGAUCCUGCAGUGGUUCUUGUUGGUCUUCAGCUUCCUGGCAGGUCUCUUGUCAAUUGCCUCCACCCUGGGCUUGUUAGUUUCUACAGUGCAAGCCAUUAUUUUCAAAGGACAGAGCCUGUUAACGCACUGCACAUUUUCUGAUGACACUUCCGGCUCUUCCAGCGGCCCAUACGAAUGCCCCUUUGACCCUACCCGUGUGUAUUUUUGUGUUUUAUUUUUUGUCAACCAGGAGACCACCAUCAUUCUAUGGGUGCCUCUCAUCUUGGUGUCCCUGGUGGAAAUGGUGUUCUCCUUCCGCUGCUUUGCUGUCUGUACUUCAUUCCUCUACCUCUGUCCGUGCAGGAAAAGGCCGACCCAAGCAAAGAGGGCACAUGUCCAGUGGGCUGUUGAAACUACAUCACUUCCAGCACAAGCUCAAGACUCCGAAGCUGCUGCUGAGCCAGAUGCUGAGCAGGAUGAACUGCUGGAGCAAAGUCAAUGGCUAUGAAACAGCUAAACCUAAUGGGAUAGGUUGGGAACUACUAGGGUUAACUGGAUAAAAUGCAAGGCCAUCUGAAGUAGUUGCAUUGAGUGUCUGUUACACAUUAAAUGUCUGAAGACAUUUGUGAGACUUAAGCCAGCAAAGCACUGCCGUUUUAUUUCUCUCUGUAUUCAAAAGGAAGGAAGGUUGGUUUGAAAACAUCCUAUUUGGUUUGUGUAUUUGUGAUAUUACAGAGAGCUUGCACCUGUAUCUUAUUAAAAUGAUUUUCUUUUUAAAAUGUAAUUGUCAAUUUUACCACAGCAGACA